UACCAACUUAUCUACACAGUUUCUUCUUAAAUUAUUCCUGAGAGCAUACAGAACUUAAAACCAGGAUAUAAUCCCUGAAACUUGAUGGUUCCAGCAUUGUGCCAAAUAGCCUGAAAGGCACUUCUGAGAAAGGAGGCGACCCGUAAAAACAGAUGAAUCUCAUAUCAAAAAGAGGAAAAUCACCAGCCUAGUUUCAAUUGUCUCUGUACAUAAAAUACAAGCCAUGGCUGCUGUUAGAACAAACCAGUGGAAGCUCCCCAGAGCUGACUGAAAUAAAAACGAAUCCUGGAAUUGAAGGAAGAGUAAUCAGAUGAUGAGCAAUUUGUGACAUCCAGACCUGCAGAAGCUGAAUAUCUUAGAAGAAGAUAAAGAAGCACAUGCAGAGGUGCCAACGAUGAGAAAGGCAGCUUGAAUUCUGUCCAGGAAGCAGCAAAAUGUACUAUUGGAGAGCAGCUGAUGCUAUAGCAGCAAAGAAUUUGGACCCAAGAAGUUUUUCAGAGCUGAGCAGGAGCCCUUUUGCAGCUUCCCUAGAUGUUGAAUCAUAAUCACGAUAAUAACACUAGUUAUGUGUUGCUGGUGGCUGCCCUUGGUGACCAGGGCAGAAUCCCUAAGCCCUGCUCUGCCGUAACCUCAAAGCCAGCUGCUGCCUGCCCGUCCCUCCCCAUCCACCACUACCAAACCCUCCAGGACGCGGCUGGAGGCAGCACGCUGACUGAUCGCCUCGAGCAGGCUGUGGGCUCGCAGCAGCAGCUCGCUGCCUCUGACAUCACUCCUGGAGCUCACAUCCCACUCCAAGCUCCGUUCAUUAGUCGAUCCAUCAGUCGGCAGAGGAGACAGGAGACGCUGCGAAGAGGAUCUGUGAGGAACAGAACGAAACAGAGGGGCUACAUCAUGAAAUUCUUCCCUGCUUAUUACUUGCUGCCUCUUUUUCCUGCACUGGUCUUCAGUACUAGACAGGGCUAUGAAGAACUGGAGAGACAGCUGAAGGAAGUCUUUAAGGAAAGGAGCAAUAUUCUUCGUCAGCUGUCGAAGACUUCUAAAGAACUCGAGGGAAUUAAAGUAAACCUCCAGUCUUUGAAAAAUGAUGAAGCGUCAGCCAGAAGUGAUGUGCAGAAACUUCUUGAACUGGGCAAAAAGCAAAGGGAAGAAAUGAAAUCUCUUCAGGAGGCCUUUCAAAAGCAGCUUAAUGAGGCAGCUGAGAAGGCAGAAAAGCAGCAAGCUACUAUUAAUUUUUUGAAGACAGAAAUGGAAAGGAAGAGCAGAAUAAUCCGGGACCUCCAAAAUGAAAACAAAAGCCUCAAAAACAAGCUGCUGUCAGGAAACAAGCUUUGUGGUAUUCGUGCAGAAGAGUCAAAAAAGAUCCAAGCCCAGCUGAAAGAACUUCGUUACGGCAAAAAAGAUUUCAUUUUCAAGGCACAACGGCUAACAGAUCUGGAACAGAAACUAGCAGCUGCAAAAGAUGAAUUGGAAAAGGCAGCCCUUGACAAGGAUUCACAGCUGAAAGCUCUCAAGGACACUGUGAAGUUUUGCCUGUCCUCCGUUCUGCGCAAUCAACCUACUGCUAUACAUCGAAUCCCUUCAAAACCAACAGAGAAGCUGACAUCCUCAGCUACAGAGGGCUCAAAAGUUCAAUUUCCAGUAAUAAGCACCAAGCAAAAUGCCUCAGCAGAGAAAGAGAGUCUGCACGUGGCCUCAAGAAAGGAGGAAAACCAGAGUGUGCAGGAGUGCGAUUCUCAGGAUGUUGGCAAGACAUGUCUGGGGAAUUACAGUAAUUCAACAUCUCGUUUGAAGACAGCAGAAACAGAGGCAAGCUUGCAGCAGAUGUUGCACAACCCUUCAUGGACUAAACCUGAAGACAAAAAAUCACCUGAAAAAAAUGAGAAAAACUUUGAAGAUUCUGUUAGCACAAAAGAAAAGAAACUGUAAAUGCCACUAAUGCACAUUUACAAAUGUUCAUCACUUGCUUCCAACUUCACAUUCUUUUUAGUCCAUAGGCAGGAAUAAACCAGAUUUCUAAAGCAUGCAUUUUUCACUAUUUUAUGAACGUUUGUUAGCUAGUCAAGAAUAGACCAGUUAGUACCUUUCAGCAAUAAUCCAAAAGGAAUGUUUGAAGAAAUGCUUUGUAAUACAGUCCAGUUUUUGAACUAUUAUUAUACCUGACUUAGUAAUUAUGUACUAUAAAUUAGUUUGUUAAAAAAGCCAUUCCCAAAUAUUUUCUCAGUCUGAUCUAUUUAAUGUACCUUUAUGUCAGAUUAGGUUUUAGAUCAAGAAGUAAGGAACAGUGAAUGCAGAAAAAUAUAUGUUAAAAAUCUACGUAAACCUAGUCAGAGUACAAUGCAACUCAUCAGAAUAAAUGUAAAGAUGGGACAAUAGGGCUCCAUGUAUACUUGACUUUGAG